AAAAAUUGUGUUGACAUUCCUUUUCAAAACUUCGUUUUUUACUUGUACUUUUUUUCAAACAAUUUUUGAUUUUAUCAUGAACUUUUAUUUAAUUUUUACUGUAUUCCAUUGAUGUCAUGGCGAACGGUGGUUGGCGUGAAUGUGCAAAUUGGCUAACAAGGUGUGGCGCUAUCAGAUCUGAUCAUAAAGUCAAUUGGCCAGAAUCUACAAUCGACGAUUUAGCACAUACACUUAGGGAUGGAGUAAUUUUAUGCAAUCUUUUAAACAUUCUAGAGCCAGGAUGUCUAGGGACAAAAGACAUAAAUCAAAAACCACAAAUGGCUCAAUUCUUAUGUUUGCGCAACAUAAAAACAUUUCUGCAAGUAUGUCAAGAAGUUUUUGAUGUUAAAGAGUAUGAUAUAUUUGAUCCAAUUGUAUUGUUUGAACUAUCUGAUUUUUUCAAAGUUAUUCGUACCUUAUCAAUUCUAUCACAAACUCAAAAAUUGCAAAGACUUCAUAUUCCUGGAUUUAUUGUUACUAAACCAAGAACAUUAUCACAAGAAGACAUAUACAGAAACAUAAAUUCAUUAGACCUUGUAUCUUCUAGAAGUGCUUUAUUAGAUUCUUUUCAUGAAAAUGAAUACACCAGUUAUGAUACUCAUAUUCGAAAUGAAGAAAUUUAUCAUGAUUUGUGUGCAAUUGAUAUUCAAUCUUCUCUAACUAUUUCAGAGAGAUGUCAAGAAGAAGCUAAUAAUGGAAAAUUUAAAUUACGAGAUAUAUUGUCUGUACCAAUGCAAAGGAUACUUAAAUAUCACCUAUUAUUAGAUAAACUUAUACAUGAUACUCCACAGACACAUAAGGAUCUUCCUGGUUUAGAAUGGGCAAAAGAGUGUAUGGUUGACAUAGCUCAAUAUAUAAAUGAAGUAAAGAGAGAUAGUGAUACUUUGCAAAUCAUGAAUGAUGUUCAGAAAAGUAUUGUUGAUUGGAAUAUCGUUGGAAUGAUGGAAUUGAAAAAUUAUGGCCAUUUAAUAACUGAUGGUGAAUUAAAAAUUAAAGCCCAUAAUGAUCAGAAAUUAAAACCAAGAUAUGUCUUCAUUUUUGACCAAGUUGUGUUGAUGUGCAAAUCAAUUAGAAGUGAUCAAUAUUCUUAUAAGCAAUCACUUAUUAUAUCACAUUAUCGUCUAGAAGAUUAUACUAGCCGCAAAUUCUUAUAUAGAGAAAAUAGAUGGUCCCAUCAGUUUCACAUGGUUCACAAGUCAGAAAGUAUUGUGUAUACAUUUUAUGCAAGAUCUGAAGAACAAAAAAUGAAAUGGAUGAAAGCAAUUAAAGAUGCCAUGGACAAUAUUGAGCCAUCAGUAUGCAAUUUAACAAGUCACAAAUUUGUGAUGCAAACUUUUGACAUACCAACCAUAUGUUAUCAUUGUUCAAAAUACUUGAAAGGCUGUAUAUUUCAAGGUUACAAAUGUGAAGAAUGUUUUAUUAGUGUUCAUAAAUCAUGCAUACCAGAAUCGGGAAGAUGUGGUUUAAUCAGUCCACAAUCUACUAUCACUCAAAACACUAUGUUUUCAAAUCGUUUUCCAGCAGAUCAYGCUAGUUUCAAUCAGCGACACAGAUCACCAGAUUGGACAAGAAAUUGGUCGGACAAUGAUACUUUAACAGAACAUUUGUGGUUUGUUGGAGAAAUGGAUAGAGAUCGUGCAACAAAUUUAUUAGAAAGUGAAUCUGGUGGUACCUAUUUAGUACGAAUACGACCUAGAGGACCUACUAGACCAGUAGAAACUGUUUAUGCGUUGAGUUUAAAAUCCAAUAACCAAGUAAAGCAUAUGAAAAUAUGUGAAAGAUUGGAAGACGGAAUUAGCAGUUUUUAUUUAUCAGAAAAACGGUUCUUUCCUAACCUAGUUGAAUUAGUUAAUUUUUAUGAACGAAAUAGUUUGAGUGAAAAUUUUACAGGGUUGGACAUUAAAUUGAAAUGGCCAUUUUGUCGAAUACUCGCCAUAGCAAAGUAUAAUUUUUCUCCUACUGAAUCAAACCAGUUACCAUUAAAAGAAGGAUGUACGUUGAAAAUUUUGAGCAAAGAAGGGGAUCAAAAAGGAUGGUGGAAAGGACAAAUUGGAGACAAAAUCGGUUUUUUUCCAAAAGUAUAUGUACAAGAACAUACCCAGAGUACAUUAAAAAUAUCAACUUAAAUUGUAUUUAAUUCAGUUGUAACCAAUGCUUUUAUUCUUUUACAACCAGAAGAAGAAAAUAACUUUUGAGGCUCKGGACCAAAUGUAAUUAUCCGCAAUAUUUCACUGAAAAAAGUUAAUAUAUUUAGUACAUUUUACAUAUAAUCUGUCAAAUACGUUUGUUUGUUUUUAACURUAUAUAAGUCUCAAAAAUGUAUCAUUAUGCAUUGAUAUAUACAAUUAUACACACAAUUUCACAUAUAUUUAAUCGAUUGAAUAUUCGUUGAUGUUUAUGUUUGUUAAGAUAGAAAACAAUAUUUUA